AUGGCGACAAUCGAAAAUCGAAUGGGUCCUGAUGUCAUUUUCUGGCCUAGGGUUCUCAUAAUCGCUGAAGAAGAAGCCAGUCUGGACAUCCUGCGGUCUAGGGUUCUCAUCGUUGAAGGGGAUCAAGUAACAGAAGAUCCCCUAUCUCGGCUUGUACUCUCCUUCACCAAGAGGAAAGCUUCUCUGAAGAAGAAGACGGCCAAACAACUAAUUCCUCAAUCACCCUGCAAGGGAACACCUAAACGUACCCCCUCUUAUCCCAACAAAGAGCUCGAGUGUAAUGCCCUGUUCAUUUUAGAUGAGUUAGCAUAUUUUUAG